AAAACAGCCCAAAUAUUUCGCUUUAUUUUGGGUUGCCUACAAUGAAGCAAAAUUUUUACAAACGCCGUCAUUAAUAGGUCAUUUGUACCGUAAGGUGUAGCGAUUUCAACUGUCAAAAAUUAAUAUCAACAAGCGAAAAAAUGGAAGAUCUACAACUUUCGGACACAUUGCAGCGUUAUUUUUCGGACUUUUUUGUGUGCUGUGAUGAAGAAAAAAUUGGAAAAGUUCACGUUAACAAAGCAAUAGAACUGAUUAGGUCUGGAAAUGUACCUCAUGAUGUUGUAACACAGAUAUGUUCCAUGUGUUGGGGUCCAAACAUAAAUUUCCUUAAUAAAAUACAUUUUUUUUCUGCCCUGAAAUUAGUAGCAGCUUAUCAAGCCAAAAUUCCUCUUUCAAAUGAGUUAAUAACUGCCAGCUUAGAACUACCAUUGCCUAGAUUUACAUGGCCAAAUUCGGAAAAUCACAGUCCAUUGAAUGAUUUAAUCGAAAUAGAUCCAAAUGAAAAAUAUAGAGAACACACAGAUACAACCAGUACAGACUCUGAAGUUGAAAGUAGUGAUCUAAAUACAAAUACUUUAAGAGGCUCACCUGAGAUUUCCAGUACUGCAUCUGAUAGUCCGACACCUACUAACAGUGUUCAGGACAAAAGUUGGGCAGUUAGUGGUAAUUGGCAGGGAUUGGUUUCUGAAGAACAACGACAAUUAUUAGGAACCGAAGAAGAAUCGUCAGACCGCCAUAGUAGUGAUGAUGAUACAGAAAUAACCAGUGAGGUAUGGACAAUUACCCAAGAACAACGAGAAUAUUACACAGCCCAGUUUCGGUCUUUACAACCUGACACAAACGCCUUAUUAGCAGGACAAAUAGCCCGUUUAUAUUUCGAAAAAUCCCGAUUACCAGUACAAGAACUACGUAAAAUUUGGCAGUUGGCAGAUAUAACGAAAGAUGGGGCUCUUAGUUUACAAGAAUUUUUGAUCGCGAUGCACUUAGUAGUAUUGCGUAGAAAUCAUAUUGAUCUGCCAGACACUCUUCCUCCGCAGUUAAUACCUGGUAAUGAGACACCUAAAUCAGCUAGCCCAGAUCAAUUAGAUCCUUUAGUUAAAACUAAAACAAAGGUUAAUCCUAAAGAAUGGAACGAAUGGACUGUAUUCAAUGUUGAUAGCCCACCAAGUAAUUUACCAUCACCAGGUCAUAAACAAGGAGUAAACUACGAGGGACAAGUAAAAGGUACUAUCGAGCAACAAACGAAUUCAAUUAUUGGUCACAUGACCACACAAGGUAAUGAAACACCCCAAUCAGCAAGUCCCGAAAAUAAUAGAGAAUCUUCUAAAGAAUGGAUAGUAUUUUACAAAAGCAGUCCCAUGCAAAGUCUAUCAUCCCCUGGUCCAAAGCCAGUUAAUUUCGAUUUUCAAAAAGGAGCGCUGGAACGUGAUCCCAAAAUUUUACAUCCUAAACCUUUAAGGCUCACUCCAGAUAAUAGUAACUCCCAAAACGAUCCUGGUCAGCAACAAGACAACCAGGAAGGCCCCAGUCCAAAAAAAUUCCUUGACUCAGUGAAUCUCACCUCUUCCAGUCACCUUCACAAUUCUCAACAGCAACACAACAUUAUAAAAGGUAUCCAGAGGCCUCAACCAAAAAAAAUAAACAUCCCAGGACCCGGAGCCAUCCCUCCCCCUCCCACAUUACAAGCGCAACAAUCAGACGAGGGUCCUAUUAGUUUACCAACGUUUCCACCACCAAAAAAAGAAAAACCUCCUCCACCACCUCCAAGGCCCUUUAAGUCACACGGUCGCAGUUCCUCGUUAGAUUUGAACCGUUUGAAUAAGAACAUUUUGGGUGCUCCGCCCUCUGUGCCCCCCAGAGUAAGUCCUGGGGUACAGAACGGCAAAAAAUUGGUAAAUCAAAGGUCUGAAGGUGACACUUGUUCUUCAACUUUAGAACAAGAAACGAAUUUUGCAAAUUUCGACCAGUUUGAUAAUGCUGAACAUUACGAAAAUGUUAGAGAUGAAAUUUUUCCUGGGGAUGUGUACGAAGCUGAACGUAAGAAAUUAUUCGCUCAGUUUUCCAUAACAGAAGGCAGCAGAGACUCAUCAUGUGAUGCACCUAGGAAACAUGGAGCAUUCGAAGUAUACAGGAAACCAAAAGAACAAGAAAGUCCAAUAGAUAAGGAAAAAUGGGAAUUGUUUCAAAAAUUACAGGAAGAGAAUACCGUAUUAUUAAGGUUGUGUCAGGAACUCAGUCAAGAAUUGGCCGAAAUCAGGGAGGAAAAGAUGACGCUUAAAGUUAGAUUAGAACAACAGAUGAAGCAAAGCGGAGGAUAGUCAUUUGAAAUCAAACGGUUGUUGUCUUUCUCUCUGUGUUAUAUUUGUCGCCUUAUUUUGUAGGCACAUGCAAGCAAUUCUUAUUUUUCGAUUCUUGUUGAUGGCUUUUCGGUAUUUUAAGAAAAAAAAACAAAUGCUGCAUAAAAUACCUAACAAGAAAAAUAAUAUUACGCUAUUAAGUUAUUAUUAAUGUUUCAUUAUGAAAUGUAUUCUGAUGAGCGCAAAGAAUCUAAAAGUUAUUUAUGUACUAAAAAAAAAAAGUAUCACCUCUAAAUAUUUAUUUUUAAUAAAUAAAUAGUUGUGAGUUCGUAUAAAAAUUGUUUAUUAACACAAAGAAGUGCGAGACCAAAUUUAUGCAAGAUGAAUUGGUCAAAAGUACCCCUUAUUUCCGACAGCAACGUAUUUUCGAUCAGGAGUAAUUAAAAACACUAAGAGUGAAGUUUGGACGCUGAAAGUUAAGAGGAAGGCUUUGUUCGAUCCUAUUAGGGGUGCUUUAUACCAUCUUGUCUGCUGGGCUCAUUUUCGAUAAAUGUUUCCAAUAAGUUAUACUUAAAUGUAAAAUAUAUUGUAUGUAUCUUACGAUAUGUUAUAUAAAAAAGAAUGCUAAAAGUUUUGUUACAUUUUGUGACAGUGUGAUAAAGUUAAAACAUUUAAUUAGCAGAUGUCGUCAUUACGAUACUUCAUUUAAAGAGAAAACAA